UCGAGGGGCGGGGCAGAAGGAGGCGCGGUCUCUGAAGCCCAUGGCGGGGUUGUGGCUCGCGCGCGGCCGUCCGAGGCAGCUUCCGGAUGGCGGGCUAUGGCGGCUCUUGCCUCACGGACUCAGGGUUUGGGGCCCCGGGGCGGGGACCGCUCGGGUCUGGCUGGGGCGGCCCUGCGCGCAGCCAGAGGAGGCGCGGCGGGCCCCGGGGCUCGCUGGCAGCUGCCUGGGGAGCCGCGCCCUCAGCACGGCGAGGCCGCCCCCGCCCGGGUCGUCGGGACCGGAGGCGAGGGGCGGCAGGGACCCCACGCGGCCCUCGCAGCCCGGGCCUGUUUCCUGGAAGUCUUUAGCCAUCACAUUUGCUAUUGGAGGAGCUUUAUUGGCUGGAAUGAAGUACUUCAAGAAAGAAAAGACGGAGAGGCUGGAGAAGCAACGGCAGCGAAGCAUUGGAAGGCCUUUACUUGGGGGCCCAUUUUCCCUCACAACUCAUACUGGCGAGCCCAGAACUGAUAAGGACUACCUGGGUCAAUGGGUAUUGAUUUAUUUUGGUUUCACUCAUUGCCCUGAUAUCUGUCCAGAAGAACUAGAAAAAAUGAUUCAAGUCGUGGAUGAAAUAGACAGUAUUCCAACUCUGCCAAAUUUAACUCCGCUUUUCAUCACUAUUGACCCGGAGAGGGACACAAAAGAAGCCAUCGCAAAUUAUGUAAAAGAAUUUUCUCCCAAACUGAUUGGCUUGACUGGCACAAAAGAAGAGAUUGACCAAGUGGCCAGAGCAUUCAGAGUGUAUUACAGCCCUGGCCCCAAGGACGAAGAUGAGGACUACAUAGUGGAUCAUACAAUCAUAAUGUACUUGAUUGGACCAGAUGGUGAGUUUCUAGAUUAUUUUGGCCAGAACAAGAAGAAUGGAGAAAUAGCUGGUUCAAUUGCUGCGCACAUGAGGCAACACAGGAAAAAGAGCUAGCCAAAGCAGCGCAGCCAUGCACUGCUCUGCUGCUAAAGAGGAAGGAAGCUUUGUCUCCUGUAGGAGCCGACACAUACAUGUAUAUACAUGCAGCCUACAGGAUGGUCUUCAUACUAGGAGAACAUCUAAAUUUUGGAUGGGGCAGUGUUACUCUUGGGUUCAUCCAGGAUGGGUUUUGAAACUGUAAAGAUUACAACCAAAAAUCUCCCAAAUGGUAGCCUUGAGACCAGAGGACCAAGUUGCUGUGAAGCCAGUGGAAUGGACCUCAGGGAAGGACACAGCUGGAAAGGACGCAGCCAGGGCGUCUCCCCACAUGAGCAGGGGUCUCUCAUCAGCGUUGCUGCCUCUCCAGUGACUUGGACUCCUGCUCAGGCAGGUUGUUCUGAAUUUCCAGGAGGAGCAUAACCUCCACGGUGACCUUGCUUUCCUCUCUGAGUUCUUGGCGGCUGAUUAUUAGCUAAAGGAUGUGCCAGGCUUUCAGGGGCCAAGUGGGUGUAAGAGGGUGUGAAUCAUGAGUGUAUAAAGUACCUUCCUGCCUGUACUGGAUUGCACUUGUCUGAAAUAAAGGUGUGCUCAGUUUUGCAGCUUGGACAAGCUUGACCUUUCUCGUGGGUGCAGAGAUGGCAGCUUACAGCUCUCAGGGCUGAGACCCCCAGACUCAAGGGGGUGGGUAGGUGGGUGCUUGUUAAAGUGCAGGUUCCUGGGCCCAGGGCUGGGUUCACCGAGCUGAGGAAGGACACAGAGACCUGCGUUCACACCUGCCAUCCCACGCGUCUGACGCAGUGGCUGGGGGACUGGGGCCUCGAGAGAGUGUUUUGAGGGUGGGGGAAGCAGGUUGGGUCUGGGUGAGUUCCGUGCGUCACCUUCUGGUGCGUCCAUCCACAGAGUACUGAGCACACAGCCAUUUGGGAAGACGCUGGCUUUUGUUUUUGAGUUUAACUUUCCUGGUGCCUGCGCUCGACUAUCGCCAUCCUCCACCCGAAGCUGCAGCAGAGCCUCUGAAAGUCUCAGCAAACUGCAAACCGUAAGAGGUGGGCACCUCAUCAGACAUGCGUUUCCCUUGCGCUUCAGUUCUGUGCUCUGUGCACGUGACACAGCACUGUCUUUAGGUUUUUAAAUUCUCUUCUCAGUACUUAACGUUAAACCUACUAUAGUACUUAUGUCAAGGUAUGUGAAAAAGAAAAAUCAUAAACUCUGUAGCGGUCAUGGACUGAACUGUAUCCCCCAGAUUCAUUAUGUGCGUUAGAGUCCUAACCUCAGUGCCUCAGAAUGUGGCUGUUUGGAGAUAGGGUCUCUAAAAGGGUGAUAAAGUUAAAAUGAGGCCUUUAGGGUGGACCCUCAUCCAACAUGCGUGGUGGUCACAUGGGAAGAGACUGGGACACAGGCAGAGAGAAGACCGUGUGAAGGCAUGGAGAGAGGCCUCCAGGCCGCCGGAACCGAGACCGCCAAGGGCUGUUGUUGCGGCCCUCGGGGCUGUGGUGCUUUGUGACACCGCCCUAGCCGACGCGUGCAGUGCCUCACUCCUUUUACUGGGAAACUACCAAGAUGUCGCUUAUAUAAACUUCAACUCAGGAAUGGUUGGUUUGGAAUGACUUUCCUAGGAACCUUGUCAAGAAGGAGACUGGUCUCAUGUAACAAAGAAGAUCUUAAGGAUCUAAAAUGCCAGACAUUUAAAAAGAUGGUCUGUUUGAAGCCACAGAACAUUUGUGUGGAUCACUUUGCAGCAGCUAGUGCCGGAGAAAAUUCAGUCUUCAUUCUCAGCUGUUGCAGGUUAGAGCUUGUGUCAUGGUCCAGAAAAGGAACAGCAGCUUUUGAAAAAGGCUUUUAUUUGCUCUCCAUUCCAGUGUCAGGUUUAAAGGCUUAGAAGCACGGAAAGGGACCUCAGCGAUGACGUCCACAUCUCUCUACUCAUAAGGGGACAAUCCCAGAGAUUAAGGUGCUGGCUUCACUCCUGAACCUAAAUUAGACCUUGGGUCCCAAUUUCUAGUCAAGUCCCUGCCUGUCCCAGUGCUGUGGGGCGCUCGCUCACGGGGCCCUUGUGAACCCAGACAAAGCAGGGGAGUGGUGUGUGCCCCUGGGGCAACCUUUCCAUUGUGAAUCUUGGGAAAUUAGAAGCAAGGCUGCUUCUCAGCAAAGUGCCACUUGCAGAUUUUGACCUGGGUAGGUUAUGGUGUUUUUGCUGGACUCUUCAGUGGGUUUACUAUUUUAAGAAAUGGCAUUUAUUUGAAAAUUAUAAGAAUCCUGUCUACGCAGCAGGCCCAGAAGUACUUUCUGCGUCUGGCUGCCUGUGAGGUAGCUGAUACCUCAGAUGGAAGAGCCGAGACUCACUGAACGCCAGUAAAAAAAAGCACGUGUGGGCUGGACAGCUAAUGUGAACCCAGUAAGUUAUUUGAAAUUGUGAAUGCAUCUGCAUAAGAGAUUGUAAAAUAUCUUUUACUGGUUUUAAGUACAUGGUUAAAAGAAAAUAAAAAU